ACCAGUGGGGCUGAGCUGGGGGAGGUGGAAUUGGACCAGUAUGGUGCAAAAACACACUGGAACAAAACAACAGUUGUUUUCCUGGUGAGACGAUUGCACAAGAGAGCUCAAGCAUGGAAAGCCGUGCACUCAUCCGGCUCCUUCGCCUUCCAUCCUUAACCCUCUCGCACAUGUGGCUUUGUUUUCCUUUAACACCCAAGGGUGUCUCUCCCCCUCUUGGCAGCUCAGCUGUCAGCUGGACAUAUCAGGUGUUUGCCGGCGUGGUGGCAGUCAGCUGAUGGCCCAAAUGCCCACGGACUCCCCCCGCCUCCCUCAUUUCUCAUACUCCAACCGCUCCAAAGAAGCAACAAGAAACCCAGCCAAGGCAGCGCUCUGAACCCAUGCUCGCCGCCGAGCCCGGAUCGGCCACAAACACCCAGAAGCUACCCUCAGUGCAAACCCAUUGUCAGCCCAGCACAGUAUGUCCCGAAUUCUCCUCUUGACUCCCCUCUGCUGCUACUGAAGCCCCCGACCGCCUUUUGUCCAGCACCAUGGUGGGGCAGAGCCCCUUGGAACCAAGCGAGAGCAGGACCGCCGUCCUCCUGGAGCCCUUUGUCCAUCAGGUGGGCGGCCACAUGAGCAUGAUGAAGUACGACGAGCACACGGUGUGCAAACCCCUGGUCUCGCAGGAGCUGAGCUUCUACGAGUCACUGCCUUUGGCCAUGAGGCAGUUCACUCCUCAGUACAAAGGUGUUGUUUCCGUGCACCUCAAAAAGGACAGCCUGGGCAACUUGAUCCUGAUCGCCAGCCCCAGCCUGCAGACGGAGAGCUGUGUCCGGCGGGAUAACCCCAUCGGUGACUCCUCGGUGACAAUAUGGCACAAGUGCAAGUGGGCUACCAGUAACGGCAGCGAGCACCCGCUCGUCAAGUGGAGCCACACACAGCUCACCAAGACCUUCAAAGACAGCUGCCCGGGGAAGAUGUUAUUGAGGACAGACCUUCAGUACCACACAGAUUCACUUUUGGAAGAUGCCAGCGGAAACCAGGCAGAAAGAAACAGCUACAACCCCUGGGGACUGCACUGUCACAGGCAGCACCUGAACCGCAUGUCCUCCAAGCAUAAUGAGAACAAACUUCAUCAGUUUCUAUUGUUGGAAAACGUGGUAUCAAAAUACAAUUAUCCCUGCAUCCUGGAUUUAAAGAUGGGAACGCGGCAGCAUGGUGAUGAUGCCUCGGAGGAGAAGAAAGCCCGGCACAUCAAGAAGUGUGAACAAAGCACUUCUGCGUCUCUGGGCGUCCGCAUCUGUGGGAUGCAGGUUUACCAAGCAGACACUGGCCAUUUUCUCUGCAAGGACAAGUAUUAUGGCAGGAAACUCUCACCGGAGGGAUUCAAGCAAACCUUGCGCCAGUUCCUGUGCAACGGUAACCACCUCCGCACGGAUCUCCUGGAGCCCAUCAUCCUGCGGCUCAAAGCUCUGCUUUCUGUCAUCAGGAAGCAAAGCUCUUACAGGUUCUACUCCAGCUCACUUCUCAUCAUUUAUGAAGGACAGGAGCACAAGGAGAACAUGGAUAAUCACCUUCGCUUCCACAAACCAAACUGCCCCACCUCUCAUGCCAGGGUUGACGUCAGGAUGAUUGACUUUGCCCACACCACUUUCAAAGGCUCCAAAUGCAAUCACACCACGUACGACGGGCCAGACCACGGCUAUAUUUUUGGCCUGGAGAACCUCAUCAAAAUCCUUCAGAAUAUCUCUGAAGGAAAAUGACAAAUUCUAUGAAACAGCCUGGAUUUAGUGACCGAUAGCCCUGAAAAGCACCGCGUUGGGUCAGUUGGACAGACCCUCACAGCUGCUGGAUGCCACGUGAACGUCUCAGAAUGAGAGCACGGACGGCUUGCUAGGGAAGCGCAAAAUAAAGCUACGCUGGACUCAAGCGUAAAAAGCGAAGAGCUGAAAGAAUCUGUUCUGCCUGCAAUCAAUCAGAAGAUUUAUUUUCCUUUCGUGUUUUACUGCUGUCCUCGAUUUAUUUGUGAGCCAAAAGAAAGCAUUACUUGAAAGAGUCUUAAUGAUAAAACAGGACCUGCUCACCUCUCCACUUGCAAAGCCAGAGAUGCUGUGCAUGGAGUGAGACUAUUAAAAUGAGCUGGCAGGUCUGAACAGAUUGCAGGGUUGCUUUCCGCACUAUGAGCUCAACGCAAAGACUUAAUAAAGAGAGCAAACUGCACACCCUGACAUUCGCACUCCACACGCCCAGCACUGCAAGACAGGCAGGUGUUGUCUGUACAGCGCAGGUGUGGAGAUGCAGGUAUAGGAGAUGCUGCAGGGGUUCUCUGCUGCUUAAAGGGGACCUCAGACCAAGAAUUGGACCUCACCAAUAUGUAAUAUCCCUGCAGGAUUGUAACAGGGCACGUUUCAGAAACUUUCUAAGCCAAAGGUCUCCACAGGGUCUCGAAGUAUGGGAAUGUGAUGAUCCUGUCUGAUAAGAGUCACAAAAAAAGAUAACAGUCACAAAAAAACAUUCACAUCAAGGUAUUUUUCCUUAAAAAAAAAAGAAAUAAAAGGGAAAAAAAAAGUGUGAGAGUGAGUCAGUAACUGACACUAAAGGUCACCUAGAAAUGCUUUGAUACAAAUAUUGUGUGUGUGUGUUUGACGGAAACAAUAACAGAAGACUCAAAAUAAUGUUUACAGCUUUUGUGGACAGAUUUUAUUAUUAUGGAACAAACAUAAUUCCUUCCUGCAUGGUGUGGGAAACCUGAAAGACAAAUCCUUAUGCAAGGAACAGAGCUACAGAACCCCAUUACGGGGGAAUGGGGGAUAGAAAUAAAA